CGCUGUCACCUCGCAUUACAUGUAAAGAACGGUUUGGCCCGAUCUAAUACGCGACGACUGUAAAAGGCCAAAUCAUAAACCAGGUGAAUUCUGGACAGGUAAGAUGGAUUUUAGAGUAGCGUUGGUUCUGCUGCAUACUUUAUAUGGAAUCACAUUUGGACAACGUACUGAUGAUUUACAUAGACUCUACACAAAGUUAACAACACAUUAUAAUAAAGAUAUACGUCCGUCUGUGGAUCAUUGGGAACCAACAAUAGUGAACGCAUCAUUCAUGCUGUUAUCUAUCAAAGAAUAUGAGGAGAAAUCGGAAAUGCUUGCAGUAGUUGGCAUUUUUACAUUCAUUUGGCAAGAUAUGAAUUUGAUGUGGGACCGUAAUGCAUACGGAGGCAUAACUUCUAUUCUUAUACCGCAGAACAAGGUAUGGCUGCCGGAAGUGAUUAACGGUAAGCCCUAUGAGGAGAUUGAACCAUUGGGAUUCGACAGGCUCAAUGUUCGCGUGUAUGAGUAUGGUACGGUGUUGUGGAUGCCUGGGGAUGUUUACCAGACCACGUGCUCUGCUGACGUCACAUACUUUCCUUUUGAUUUACAUCAAUGUGAGUAUAUAUUCCCACCGUGGAUGUAUAGAACUGACGAAGUGUAUUUUCUAUCUACACAUGAUGAAAUUGAUGUAACCUCAUAUACUCCUAAUGGUCUGUGGGAACUGAAAAGUACAGAAGCGUUUGUUGAUGAAGAUUCAUUCGAUUCUCAGCUAUUUACACUUAGAAUACAGUUCAAACGCCGUCCAAUAUUUCAUAUAAUUAAUAUAUUGGUGCCUAUAAGUGUCAUGGGGAUUUUGAAUGUUUUGGUAUUCCUACUCCCAGCAGAAUCAGGUGAGCGAGUUGGAUUUUCCAUUACGGUUCUACUUGCAAUGUCUGUGUUUCUGACAAUUAUAUCUGAUAUCCUACCGAACACGAGCCAACCAAGCAUUCCUAGAAUGUCUUAUCUCUUACUUGCUGAUUUGGUAAUCAGUUCCUUAAUAACGGUAUGCACUAUCCUUGUCCUGCGUUUGCAUCACAAAAGUGAAGACGAUGAUGUCCCAAGAUGGCUGUGGUGUCUUUCGUGUACAAAAUGUUGUUCAAGAAGAGAGAGGAAGAAAAGAAGACCCGUUGAUGAGUCUCAUAACAACAGUGGGACAUAUCUUGGGGAGGAUACCAGGAACAAACAGGAUUCUCAAAACUCUUCAUCUGAUGGCCAACCUCAUAUUGUCAAAUGGAAGGAGAUCGCUGACUUUUUCGACAUUUUCUUUUUUAUUCUGUUUUUGUUGGUUAACAUUGCCAAAAUUCUGGUUUAUUUUCUGAUGUUUAUCAGUUACCUUUAAAAGAGUUUUCAUUCGAAUGAGAUUUUUUUUUAAAAUAUGUAUGAAGCAAAAAUUCUCAAACUCUUUAUUUUGUUAAAUAAAAAUACCACAAACUGAAAAAUACCACAAGUGAUACUCAGAUGUCAAAUUUAUAUAUGUUUUUGUACAUAAAUAUGUAAUGUAAACCAAAUUGUAACAUGCUUUUGCUUUCAAGCAUGCAUUAAUUAUAAUAUGAUACAUAUGUAUAGUAACUCUAGUUACACCUAAACAAGCACUCACCGUAUUAAUCUUGUAAUUAUUAAUGUAUUGUGACAGUCCGCUAUUAAAAAUUAGCUGUAUACUAGUGAAAAAUUGAUAUAUAUCAGUGGAAAAUAAAUACAAUGUUCAACUACAUGUUCAAUUGGACAAAUAAUAUUGAUCAAUAUAAAUCUAUUGUAUGCAUAUACAUGUACAUGUAUCAAUGCCAAGUGAAUAUGAAAAUGCAAUAGUGUCAUAACAAAGUACUAGUACUAUACAGUGAUCACCAUUGCCUGUUUUAACGUGGCGGCCCGCCACCCUUAGCUGGGUACCCGCCACGCUUACACAACCAAAUUCACUCGAUCCGCCACGCAUGUAAUUGUUACCUAACACCCCUAUUUUAUAUCGAUUUCAAGCAGAAAACUGACCCGUUUCUAUAGCGUCCGAUACUCAUUACCUAUGGCCCCUGUUUUUACAGGUGAACUAGGCCUAAUUGACGAAUUGCGAUCUCGGUAAGGUACCUCACCGUUAUGUUUUGAUACGGUCGACUGAUCUCUUGAUCACACCUAUAUCGAUGGCAAUGAUUAAUUAAUAGUAGGUGUACUGUUCUGACCAUGGGAACAGAUGUGAUUGUAUGGUUUCAGUCGAUCGGGACAUCAGAGAAAAUGUUACCAUCGUCUACAUCGGAAAAACCGACGGUCCGAUAAGAUUUUUUUUUCACAAGAAUUAAUAUUCAGCUGGGAUAAUCAAACUGAUAAUAUCAAUACCUAAGCCGAUGUUUGAGAAGCAUGGAUACAUUUUUGAAAACUUUAUGGCAAUGUCACCAUGAAGAGAGGAGUAUCAGCUCCUUUUUUGGAACACCAUGUGAACGACAUGCGAUCGCGACAACCUGCAGCCAACAGACUGCAAUCUGAUAUAUCGCGCAAGCCACGGCUACAGAAGUGCGCAUGGAUUAAUUGUGUAUGAAGAUGACCAAGCAGGAACAGGCUCUCUCAUAGGAUCUUGAACUCUCUGAUGAUGGUGUUUACCCAGGGAGUUCCCUACAAGAAAGCUGCUUCUUUCUAGAAGGGACUGUGCAACAGCAGAAUGUUCAUGUCAUUUGGAGAGACAAAGUGUGUUUGGCUUCCAUUGUUCAUAAUAUAAAUGAAGACUAUUUUCAGGAGGAAAUUAUAGUGACUGUGUUGAAUUGAUAUCUUAAUUGAAAUUAUAUUGUGGCUUGUACAUUGCUUUAUAUAUUCUUAUAUUAUGUCCAGUAAAAGUUGCCAUUGAGUUUGAUUUGUAGAUGCUGUAUCAUAGAUAUAAUAGUUGCUAUUAAUAUGUUCACUGAUAAUAUUAUAGUGCAAUUUAUGAAAUUAAUAAUUGAAAUGUUUUAACUUAUAAUACUUGACAAUGCAAUAUGAUCUUGAUGUGAAUGUUUAUCAUAUUUAUAACAGUAAAAGAUGCUAUUUGAGUUUGUUUUAUUCAAUGUUAUAUUAAAGAACAGUGAGUUGGAAUUGAGAUUAAAAUGGUUUUGUGAAAAUAAAUUGAUGAUUGUUUAAAUGAGGAAUGUAUGUUUGUAGUUUUUUAAAGUAAUGGUAUAAGCUGUUAUUUUGUUUUAAUUUACAUAUAUAUGGCAUAGAGUGAGCAAAUGAUUAAAAUGCAUAUUUAUUUAGAACUAAAUCAAACAACAUAAUUAAAUCUCUAUUCUUAAUGUCAUAAUUGAUGAUGUUUCUCGAAACGUCGCACCGUGAGGCUACAUGACAUCCACAAAAGUACAUGUUCAGAAAAAAUUGUCAAAAAAUUUUCCUCCACCCAUCAUUUUGAAAUUGUGGUGA